AUCAGGCACUUCUCUCUUCCAUCCCUCUUCACGCACUCCAGCGUGUCCAUCCAUCGAACCUAUCAUCAGUAUGGCGCCUGCCAAUGGGCACCUGCUGCUCCCCAAAAUAUGGCGAGCAGCAAGGUUUGCCUAUGAAAAGGCUUCCAAGGCUAUAAGAGCCAAACUUCCUGAACCGACACAACAUGCUUCGCUACGAUAUCAACCUGCCUAUGCCCGCAUCAAUGCUCGCCAGCCUAUCAAUCGUGCCGCGGCUAUCCGUCAGGCUCGCAGUCGGUACUUCUCGACUCGUGCGGCCGGUGCCUUUGUGUCCGCCAUUCGCUCUGGAAUCCAGGCCGAUGUGAAUGCGUACAAGACGACUCGAGUUGCCUCGAACAUUGGCAAGCUUACUAGCCGCGCUCCGUUUGCGUCUACACUUCGUCCGAACCUAACCGGGGGAACGCUUGGCCGUACUGCGGGUGGAUAUACCAUUGGUGCUGGACGAUUCGGUGGUGCCCGUUAUUUCUCUCAUGGACCUGCUGCUCCCGCACAGGUCAUUCAGAAUGUCUCUCAGGGUGUCCGGGCGUUCUUCUUGUCUGGCCAGAAAGUCCGCUUUGAUGGGAUUGACCCGCAUACGGGUGAGAAGCGGUACAAGGCUGUCAGUGUUUUACAGGAUCAGGCCGGUCGCAAGAUGACCGCUAUCCCUCGCAAUGCUUCUGGCUCAAGCCUUGACUUCCAGCUGUCUCCCACCAUCACCGCCUUUGGUGCCUUCAGCGCUCUGAACAAGAAGUCCGGAUCCGCUACUGUCGAGACACUCCACUCCGAGGGUCUUAUGGACCUGCUGUCUGCCGACUUUGCCCGGGCUUUGAAGGAGUUUGCUACCGUGUUGAACGACUUGAAGCGUCUCUCGACGUUGGGUGACCUUCCAAUUUCCCUGCACGAUCGCUCCACGAUUCGAGUACGAUUCCCAGGUUGUGACGCCGAGACUGUCGAGCGCUUAUGCGAUGAAGUCGGUAUUCAAAGAGGCCGGAUCACCCAAGACGAAGACUUCAAUCUUCGUACCGGUGCUGACUUGGCUCUCCUGUUCCCCUUUGCUCCCAGCGUAGCUGCCUCUUCCGACACAGAGUAUCUCUUCGAAAAGGCCUCAAACCCUCAGACUCACGCAUCCAAUGACAUUGACUGGCACGGCAUGCUCACACCGGAAUUCGGAAGCCCCUUCUCGGGGGACUCGGGCCAUGAUUCCGGUCAGGCGAUCAGCUUCGAGGAUAAAGAGUUAUUUGGCAGUAAUCCCUGGACAUCUUCGCACUCUGCUUACUCGAGCAUCAACAUCAGUGAGCUUGGAGAUCGUCCGUUCUUCCCGGAAACCUCUAGUGCUGGUUUGCUGGAGCCUACUCCGGAGUAUGAUGCCGAAGGGAUUUACAAGUUCCUGGCUGAAUGUGAACGUGCACGACGCUGAGCGAGUCACCAUGCUUGGAUUUGAGCAUGGGGCUUUCUAUUCCUGCUUUCCCCAUCAUUCUGUUUUUUUAUUUUGAUUUGCUUGGCUUUACUGUUGAUUCAGGCUAGGCCGGAUCCCCUGAUGAUUGCGCGAUACCACUCCACUCACUUGAACAUUUCCUUUCUGUCCAUCUCUGUGGCUUUGAACACUUUUUAAAUGACCAAAUUAUACAUUCUUCUUACACCUCUUUCAUAAAUACUGUGAGCGAUCAUCUGACUGACAAAAGGUAAUGAUCAAGUAGAAUAUCCCCA